GGUAGCGGGAGCGCGAGCGGCUGGGCCGGGGCGCGCGGCCGGGCUGCCGUCCUCCCGCACCCCGCCCCGCGCCCGUCCGCUCCGGGGAGCCUGGGGAGGGCGAGCGCGGGCGCCGCCGCCGCCGAGGCUUCCGUCUAGCUCGCUCGCGCAGCGGCGGCGGCAGAGGUCGCGCACAGAUGCGGGUUGGAGCGGCGGGGGGAGGCGGCGGCGGCGGGCAGGAAGCUGCAUGCAUGAGCCCCACAGACUCUUGCAAGCCGGAUGCCCUCUGUGGAUGAAAGAUGUAUCAUGGAAUGAACCCGAGCAAUGGAGAUGGGUUUCUAGAGCAGCAGCAGCCUCCGUCCCCCCAGAGACUCGUGGCCGUGAUCCUCUGGUUUCAGCUGGCGCUGUGCUUCGGCCCUGCACAGCUCACGGGCGGGUUCGACGACCUUGAGGUGUGUGCGGAUCCAGGCAUCCCGGAGAAUGGCAUCCGCACUCCCAGUGCAGGAGUGUUCUUUGAAAGCUCUGUCACCCGAUUCCACUGCCAGGACGGAUUCAAGCUGAAGGGAUCGACCAAGAGACUGUGUAUGAAACAUCUCAAUGGAAGCCUAGGCUGGAUCCCAAGUGAGAAGCCCGUUUGUGUGCAAGAAGAUUGCCGUAUCCCGCAGAUUGAAGACGCUGAGAUUCAUAACAAGACAUACAGACACGGAGAUAAGUUAAUCAUCACCUGUCAUGAAGGGUUCAAGAUCCGAUACCCUGAUCUGUACAACUUGGUCUCAUUAUGUCGUGAUGACGGGACAUGGGACAACCUGCCCAUCUGUCAAGGCUGCCUGAGGCCUCUGGCCUCUUCGAAUGGCUACGUCAACAUCUCCGAGUACCAGACCUCCUUCGCGGUGGGGACCGUCAUCUCCUACCACUGCUUUCCUGGAUUUAAACUCGAGGGGUCAGAGUACCUUGAAUGCUUGCACAACCUUAUCUGGUCGUCCAGCCCACCCCGGUGCCUUGCUCUGGAAGUUUGCCCGCUACCUCCCAUGGUGAGUCACGGCGAUUUCAUCUGCCACCCGCGGCCUUGUGAGCGCUACAACCACGGGACCGUGGUGGAGUUCUACUGCGACCCUGGCUACAGCCUCACCAGUGACUACAAGUACAUCACCUGCCAGUACGGGGAGUGGUUUCCCGCCUACCAGGUGUACUGCAUCAAGUCAGAGCAAACGUGGCCCGGCACCCACGAGACACUCCUGACCACGUGGAAGAUCGUGGCGUUCACAGCCACCAGUGUGUUGUUGGUGUUGCUGCUCGUCAUCCUGGCCCGAAUGUUCCAGACCAAGUUCAAGGCCCACUUCCCCCCCAGGGGGCCCCCCCGGAGUUCCAGCAGCGACCCUGACUUCGUGGUGGUGGACGGGGUGCCAGUCAUGCUCCCGUCCUACGACGAGGCUGUGAGUGGCGGCUUGAGUGCCUUAGGCCCCGGGUACCUGGCCUCCGUGGGCCAGGGCUGCCCCUUGCCCAUAGAUGACCAGAGCCCCCCCGCAUACCCAGGCUCAGGGGACACGGACACGGGUCCCGGGGAGUCAGAAACCUGUGACAGCCUCUCAGGCUCCUCCGAGCUGCUCCAGAGUCUCUAUUCGCCCCCCACAUGCCCAGGGGGCACCCACCCCACUUCCGACCACGUGGACUCAGUGGCCAGCACGGCGGGGGAGGUGGCCUCCACCAGCCCAGGCAUCGACAUCGCAGAUGAGAUCCCUUUAAUGGAUGAAGACCCGUAGCCAGGCAGAGUCCUGAUGAUUCCGAUACCCCUUUGUUGAUGGGCACCUUGUGCCCCGGAGUGAGACCACCGAAGGACAGAGCCUGGGGAGUGGAGGACAUUUUCUGACAUCUCCAUAUGGGGACAGUGACUCACCUCGUUCCACUUGAGACUCAGCAGCGAGGCUUACGGGUGUUGCAGUGGCUGUGCUUUUCAGUGAGACUCAAGGAUUUGCCAAGACCCAGGGACAACCACCACGAGCCCCUGGGCAGUCCCAGAGGGAGGUGUUUUUGUGUCUCGUGCUUUGGAGCAGGGCGCCGUUCCGUGCACAUCCCACUGAACCCCACAUCCCGUUGACUUAUGCUAUGAGUACUAUCAGCCUCCUCUGAAAGCAUGCCACAUUAUGUAAAUUCUCUUCUAAAAUCUGCUUCAAACUGUCUCCGGACUCCAGCCUAAGAUAGAUCAGCCUCUGUGGGAAGUCUGUGUGGAGCUGCUGGAAGAGCAGCAGAGCGCCCCCUGCAGGCUGCCUAAGGGCAGGUUCUCGUGGGACCUGGGCAGAGUCGCCUUCCAGCUGGAUGGAUUCUGCACAGGGCCAGGAACAACGCAGCACGUGGCAGUCCGAGCAAGAAAGGAGAGACUCGGGCCCACUCAGUCUCUUGAGGUCCCCUCAGAAAGUGGAGUUCAUGGACCUGGUGCCGUCCUUUGGUAAAAUGUCAUCAGUAUUUGUAUUCAUGGUCUAGUACUUGGAGCCAAGGCAUCGGAUAAGCCUUGUGACUUUACAGUUGGUCAGAAUGUGUUCAAAUACAUCUCAUGGUGGAGAAAGUAACCGAGCUAAUGUUCUGUUUCGCCAUUUUUAUAAAAUACCCCACUUGACAAGUUCCCUGGCAAUUGAUCAUGAGCCUCUCUCCAGUUCACUGGUUGUUGUCCCAUUCCCAGACACAGCCGUGCUUUUCUUUUUCCAAAACAGAAAUUGUUUCUGUAAACUCAUUCCUCCUCCAAAUAAAGUGUGAGGUUAGGUCCCCACCCCCUUUUGUUUUGUCCUGCGGGGUUCACAGACUGACUUCCCAGCCCCAGGCAGCUCUCCCCAUCCGCUUCCCUUCUGGCCCCUGCCUUCCGCCUACACAGGUCGAUGGGCGUAAUUCCUAAGAAAGUGGCUAACUGGAACAUCUCCUGGGCCCCCUCAAAUACACGUUGGCCUGUGCACAUGAUUUCUUUCCUCCUUUGGAUUUUAGACAAAGGUAAACAAAACUCUGAUCCCUAAAAUUGCUGUGCUGCUCAAGGGGUGGGGCGAAAGUUUGAUCACAUCCUGGUUUGGGUUUCUUUCUUUUCUUUUUUUUUUCUUGACACAGGCUGAUUAAAAAUUAAAAAGAAAACGACAGUUUGAAGCGUGACUUUCAUAGUGAAGUGGAGUCGGGUGUUCAGGAGGGACAGGGACAGGGGCUGAGGAGGGUGGGAACAGAGCGUGGGCUUAGGACCCCAGAGGCUGGAGGAGGUCACUCAGAGUGCUUGCCUGGCACGAAGAGUGCUUGGGUGGCAUCGCCCAGAGCAGCAGGUGGGGGUGGGGAUGACAGUGGUGAGUAAUAACCCCCUUUGGUGAGGAGCCUGCCACCAGGACAGCCUUGCCCCUCAAGCACCAGGGAGGAGCCGGUUGCAAUACUUUCUCAUUCCAGCAGCACCCGGCAGGCGACUGGGGGCAUCCACAUCCACUUCGGGCAGCUCCCCAGGAGUCCUGUUGGACCAGAUCUCGGCUCCUCUCUGUGCCUGCUCAGGGCGGGUGUGUCUGAGAUGCCUCUGGGUAAGUGACGUGGGGUAGGUGGAAAGAGAACUGUGGAACCAUCUUUUCUCCCUCCCAGAGCAGAAAACAGCAGGGUUCGACCUUCCUGGCGAGCCGCGUUCAGAGCUGUCUCUUCAGCAGCCCCACCACACCCCUGGGGACAGGUGCCCCCUGGUCAACAUAUGUCCCGAUAUCCCUGCCGACGUCAUCCUCGGCAUAGAGGCUGGUGCAGCGGAAGUGCCUACUAAGUGCAUCGGGCAGACACUGCAUCACGGGAUCUGCCACGCCAUCCCCCAUUAGACCUCAGGGGAACAGCAGUGUGGCAAGCAUGUCCUGGCCCUGACUCCCAUGGCCCCGGGAGGUCCUGGAGGUGUGCACAGGAUCUGUCUUUCUCACAGCACUCCUCAGACGAUAGUCUGAGAACAACUGGACAGAAUGGAGAAUUGGUGCCUCGCAGCAUGGCCCGUGGGAGGAAGCCAUCUGACCAAAGCUGGAAGAGACCCGCACCCCCGGAGUGGGCACAGGAGCUGCCUGGGAUCCCGGCUGUGCCUCUGUGUCUGUCACCCACUUAUUUUAAGGGAUUGCAGAGUCGUGUCUGUGUGUGUGUGUGUGUGUGUGUCUGUGUGUGUGUGUGUGUGUGUGUAGAAAAAUAAUUUUGUUGUUGUUGUUGUUUCUGGUUUUUGAGGCACACUUGAUGCUCAGGGAUUACUCCUAGCCUUAGACUUAGGGAUCACUCCUGUGCUUAGUGCUCGGGGAUCGAACUCGGGUUGGCCCCAUGCAAGGCUUAGUCCUAAUAAGGCUUAGCCCUACCCGCUGUCUUAUCACUCUAGCCCCCCAAAUCAUUUUCUUUAGGAAAUAUGAGACCGUGAGCAUCAGAGGGUUCAUUAAAGUUAAGAAGAAAAAAAAAGAGGAGCUAGACCCCUGAGCUAGGAUGCAGGCGUGAAGGGAGCUGAGCUGAGCCUCCAGGUCUGGCCCUUCUGCUCCCAUUAUCAGCCCAACGUGUCCCGAGACUGCCUCCCGCUUCCCGUCCAGCAGCUCUGUGGAAUUGCCAGGUUGUUGUUGGCUGGUAUGAACUGUCAGAACUGUCCGCACCUAAGUACAGCCAUCCCUGCAGCCCCAGGCCUGUUUCCUGCUCCCAUGGGAAUGUCUGCAGGCCCGAAAUAACUGGGAGUCUCAAAGGCUCGCUGACCACAGUCCGCCCCAUCCAGAUGCUUCUCCCGUUGUUUUGCAUCCACCCUCCAGUCCUGGUGCAUGAGGUAACCCUCCUGGAGGUGCCCCAGAAUUCCCUACAGAGACAGUGUGCUGUUGUUUCAUGGACUUUGCAAUUCCUCAGUUGCCACCCAGCUCUGAAUCCUGUCCCUGCCCCUGACUGUGCCCCCGGAGCAGUGGCCUUGCCUGGGCCUUCACUUUCCCAGGCAGCAUGCAGCACGCUCACGUCUGCCUGUCUGGUUGGGCUGAAGGGGAUGGCAGAGUUCAGUCACAGUUCACAGGAGGCACUUAUCAAAGGCAGCUGUGGGACAGAACCAGAGCAUAGUGGGCGCGGUGCUUGCCUUGCACGCAGCCAACCCAGUUUUGCUCUUCGGCAUCCCAUAUGGUCCCCCGAGUCUACCAGGAGUGAUCCCUAAGUGCAGAUCUAGGAGUGAGCCCUGAGCACAGACAGGUGUGGCCCCAAACCAACCCCCCCCAAAAUAGCAGCUGUGUGUGAGACCCAUCAGGAUGGAGUGACCCCUGGGUGAAUAAUUCAAGCAUGUCCCUCUACACCUUUGACCUGCCGCAGGUCCCCAUCAUCCCCAAGCAUGUAUGCGCAGUGCCACACAGAGACAUGCCCCAGCUGAGCCUCAUCAAAGCACCCAGAGUGCCUGGAAACUUGUCCUGCCAGACCAUAAACUCAAGAAACACAAACAUCAGAAGCUUCUUCCUCAAGAGUGAGGAUGAGGGGCUGGGAUUGUGGGAAUGAGGAGACACAUUUCCUGAUGGGGCCAUCUAGGUCAUAAUGUAGACUCCAGCUUCUCUCAAUCCAGGGUGGCUAAAUCCUGCUGUGUACCCGAUGGCCCCUGAGUACUGCCACGGUAACCCAUGUAAUCUCCGGCACUGCAGGGCCCGAGCAGCACCAUAUCCUGGGGCCCUUGCAUUGAACCGCUGGCCAGGUUGGUCAAGCAUAACUGGGUAGAGGCUGCAAGCCUCCUGAGAUCACAUAAGAGUGGUAGUUGGCCUCUUUGGGCGUAUCCCUGAAAAUUCUAACUUGAGAUAAGAAGAGUGUGGAUGAGGCCCUUAGAGCCCACAUUUUGUGCAGGCCUUUCCCCAUUAGGACUUGUUUUCCUCCAGAGAAGCCAGAAGUCCCUGGUCGCCCUCUUGAUGCCCACAUCCAUGGCCCAGCAUGCUCUCUUGAUGGCAGCCUCACUCCUGCCUUGUAGCCUAGCACCCGCCCAUUUCCUCAAGACCUCAACAAAGUCCUCCCCUGUGCACGCGCUCACACACACACACACACACACACACACACACACACACACAGAGUUGGACCCUGGAAAGAAGAUGCAGCUUAGUUUCCCAUUCAGAAGAUACACCCAGGCCUCGGGACCAUUCUGCCACACCCAGGACUGGACCAGAAGAAACGUCGGGGUGGGGAAAGAUGGAGAACAUCAGGGUAGGUCGCGUGUGGCUGCUUUAAAGACGCAGCCAUGAGCCUGGCAGAGUGAGGGCACAGGCCAGGGUGAGGCCCCCUCUCCAGAGCAGCUCACAGCAGAACACAGUUUCCAUGCAGCAUCACCAAUCCAAACCAGAGAAGCCUAAAGGAAACUCAUAGCAAACCAUCAACAAGAAAAAAUAAAUGGACAUCAACAUGUUUACUGGAGAGACAGAGUUAUCUUUCUUGUCUUGCUACAGAAAACAACAAAAUUAUUGUCCCAUGAAGAGAAAAUCAAAUAAUACACAGCCCAAACAUGUAAGAUGAAUAUAUUAGAGAUGUGUGGCAGUGGACGGUCAAUAAUAAUUAUUUUUGAAGUUGUCAUACUUCUUGGGGUUUUUUUUUGAGAUGUUUGGAGAAUGUGCAGCUUGUUGGAACUUCUCAUGCUAAAUAAACAUCUGCUUUUCUAUUGACAUUGGA